UGAACAUUACCUCUUUCAUGCUCUUUUAUUUAUUAUAUUUACAAAUGUGAAUAAUUUAACUCCAAUACUAAACAAUUUAAACAUUUGUUGGUAUGAAAUCGUAUGAAAUAACUAAAUAAAUUAAGCAAUAGUAGUACAAAAUAGUUUUUAAACAAACAGAAAAAUUUAUCAUCAUUAGUACCAGACAACAUAUAUUUGAACAAAGAAAAACUAUUUAUACACAGAUUUAUGAAACAUUGUCAAUACAUACAGCGGUAUGAUAUUUAUAUUAAAAAUUGUUUGAUGGUGUAUACCUGAAGUUGUUUUGUUUAUUGUACAAAAGCAAAGCAAUGGCAAGUGAAGAGGGAAAUCGUAAUGCAGCAUUGCAAUCUUUGGAUGAAAGUGGUCAAUCCGUAACUAGUACCUCACAGCAUGCAGGGAAUAGCAGAGAAUCAACCACUGCCAGACCUCAAGAACAGAGCAGUCGGCAAAAUAAUCUUCAAAGAAUACAACAAAGGAAACAACAAAUGUUAAAUUUGCCUCAGAUGAAAAAGAUAUUAAAGAUUGCCACUUAUAGUGCAUGCAAAGCAGAAGACUGCAAAUGUAUCGGAUGGAAAAAUUCUCAACUGUUAACCAAAUCUCCCAAAAAUGAAUCACAGCAGCCUGUGAUAAAUUUCUUUGAUCCUUGCAAAAGUUGCACCCAUGUUUUAGAAAAUCAUGUUUCACAUUUAACUAAUCAGUCAGAGGAAGAAAUUAAUAAAUUGUUAUGCAUGGUUAUAGAUGCUGACAACAUUUUUCUAGGAUUACAGAAAGAAGAAGAUCCUGAUACAAAGAAAGUUUAUUUCUAUCUGUAUAAGCUCCUAAGAAAGUGCAUACAGUCUAUGAGUAAACCGACGAUAGAAGGUCCUUUAGGGCAACCACCUUUCGAAAGACCUAGCAUAGCAAAAGCAGUAAUGAACUUUGUUGCAUACAAGUAUGGUCAUUUGCCCCAAAGAGAUAUGCAAGCAAUGUGUGAUAUGGCAAAAAUGUUUUUACAUUGUUUGAACCAUUGGAACUUUGAUCCACUUAGCGCUAGAAGAGGCACAAUUAGCCCAGAAGAAGCUCCUGCAUAUAAAAUUAAUCAUACUAGAUGGUUAGUGUUCUGUCAUAUACCAGCAUUCUGUGACUCAUUGCCUCAUUAUGAUACAUCCUUAGUUUUUGGCCGAACAUUUGUUCAAGCUGUUUUUAAGCCAGUUUCCAGGCAAUUAUUAGACAAAUGUCACAGUGAAAGAGAUAAAUUAGCACCAGAAAAAAGAGUGAUAGUCUUAACACAUUUCCCUAAAUUUCUCUCCAUGUUGGAAGCAGAGAUUUAUGCUGACAAUUCACCAAUUUGGGAUCCUGAUUUCAAACAGGUACCUCUUACCUAUUUACAAACUGCAUUGGAAUCAAAGGCAAAUCAAGGGAGAAAAACAGGUGAAUUUGAGAAAGUCAUGGUUCCACCAAAUGAUAAAGAUAAUUAUACAACGAUUAAUAUAAGUCCUGGUAUGAAGAAAAUUCACGAGAAAAGAUCUCAUUCCGAGGGACGUUCGGAGGUAAAACGAAGAAAGAACGAGGAAAUGUUUGAGGAUUUGCCAGAAGAAACUGUUGCUGAAAUUGUAGCAACCAUCAAUGAUCCUAAUUACAUGUGCGGACCUGAUGCAGUAUUCCCGCCGAAUGUUCCAAGGGACGAAACGGCAAAGAUCGAAGAAAGUAGAAAAAUUAUAGAAUUUCACGUUGUUGGAAAUAGUUUAACACAGCCAGUUUCUAAACAGACAAUGCUCUGGUUAAUUGGAUUGCAUAAUGUUUUCAGUCAUCAAUUACCAAGAAUGCCAAAAGAGUAUAUAUCUCAAUUAGUUUUCGAUCCAAAGCACAAAACUUUGGCUCUAAUAAAAGACGGACGGCCAAUUGGUGGUAUCUGUUUUCGAAUGUUCCCUACACAGGGUUUUACAGAGAUAGUAUUUUGCGCCGUUACGAGUCAAGAACAAGUCAAAGGCUAUGGCACGCAUUUAAUGAACAUGCUUAAAGAUUAUCACAUAAAGAACAAUAUAUUACAUUUCCUCACGUUCGCAGACGAAUUUGCAAUUGGAUACUUUAAGAAGCAAGGUUUUAGUAAAGAUAUUAAAUUACCUCGAUCAAUGUAUCAAGGGUAUAUUAAAGAUUACGAGGGCGCGACGUUAAUGCAUUGUGAAUUAAAUGCAAAAAUUGUAUACACCGAGUUUACGGCGGUUAUACGAAAGCAGAAAGAAAUUAUUAAAAAAUUGAUUCAUCAAAGACAGCAGGAAAUACAAAAAGUUCAUCCUGGUUUAACGUGUUUCAAAGAAGGUGUCAGAGGCAUUCCAGUAGAAUCUAUACCCGGUAUUCGUGAAACUGGUUGGAAAAGUUACGCUCAAACAAGAACAAGAGGAGUAGCUAAAGGUACUCAAGGGCCAGAGCCAAUGGAAGCAUGUUUAGAUAUCACUGAUUCUUUAUAUAAUGCUUUGAAGAAUGUUUUAAAUAGCGUGAAGAAUCACAGUACAGCAUGGCCGUUUUUAAAACCUGUAGAUAAGAAUGAUGUCCCAGAUUAUUACGAUCAUAUUAAGUAUCCAAUGGAUCUCAAAACUAUGACGGACCGACUAAAAGCUCGAUACUACGUUACAAGAAGAUUAUUCAUCGCAGAUAUGACUCGAAUUUUUACUAAUUGUCGUUUGUAUAAUAGCCCCGAUACCGAAUAUUAUCGAUGCGCUAAUGCUUUAGAAAAAUACUUUCAAACAAGAAUGAAAGAGAUUGGUCUUUGGGACAAGUAAAACUUGUUGCACGAAAAUAGAUCAUUUGAUUAAAUUAAAUAUUUUGUACUUGUACAUUCAUUUGUAAAUAAAAAUCUUCGGUAUAAACCUUCGGGAAAAAAAAUCAUUCAAGAAAUAUUUAUCUAUACGUGUAAUGUAUACUGUUAUGUAAAAUAUAGGUAAAAAUGUUUACUUUUAAUUUCAUAAUUUUUAAUGUA